AUGGAGGUACCACUGGGGGUGUGGAUGGAGGAGCCACUGGAGGUGCAGAUGGAGGUACUACUGGGGGCGUGGACGGAGGAACGACAGGUGGUGCGGACGGAGGUACCACUGGGGGCGUGGACGGAGGAACCACUGGGGGUGAGGACGGAGGUACGGGAGGUGAAGGUGGAGAUUCGACAGGCGGCGUCGCAGGUGGAGGUGAGGAUGGAGCGACGACUGGUGGAGACGGGCUCUCUGUUGGUGUAGGAGGUUGGGGUUCUACGACUUGGGAAGAAGCCAACGUGA